UUCUGGAUUUUAGGUUCUAUUGACAACGGUUGUAUCGAGAGACGCUUUAUUCUUUAUUCUAUUUUUAAGUAUGGCACGUACUAAGCAAACCGCUCGUAAGUCUACUGGUGGUAAGGCACCAAGAAAGCAGUUGGCUACCAAGGCCGCCCGAAAGAGUGCUCCGGCUACCGGUGGUGUUAAGAAGCCUCAUCGUUACAGGCCCGGUACCGUAGCUCUUAGAGAAAUCCGUCGUUAUCAGAAGUCAACCGAAUUGUUGAUCAGAAAGUUGCCUUUCCAACGUUUAGUCCGUGAAAUUGCUCAGGAUUUCAAGACCGAUCUUCGAUUUCAGAGUUCGGCUGUCAUGGCUUUGCAGGAAGCGAGCGAGGCUUACUUGGUAGGUCUUUUUGAAGAUACAAACUUGUGCGCUAUCCAUGCCAAGAGAGUAACCAUUAUGCCAAAGGACAUCCAGUUGGCAAGAAGAAUCAGAGGAGAGCGUGCUUAAAGUAAAUUACAGGUUAAACGAUUAAACGGCCCUUUUCAGGGCCAAAAACUUUUGAUAAAGGGUUUGCUAGUCAUAUUACAAGUGCUACUUUUGCAAAAAAGAUGCAAGAACUUUAAAUACGGGUAACAUUUUCCACCGGAACUGACUUAAUACUUUUCCCCUAGCUAUUUUUAAAAGUUUUUGACUGAAUUUCGUCGUACAUUUAGUGAAGACGUGAAUUUUCUAUAAAGAUAAGUACAUUUUAUCAAUUGUAGGAACUUGCUGAUAGUAAGUUCUAGAUAUUUUCUGAAAAAUUUUAAAAACUAGGUUAACAAGGAAUUGUAAUCUGUUAGGCUUUAGUAGUUAUAACUAGGCCACGUGAAUUGUAUAGUUGUAAAUAGGUGUUUAAUAAAGGGAGAGAUUAAUUUGUAUAUAAUCCGUGUAUCUCAAUGAAAAA